GCGGUAAGAUAUAGUAAUGCAUAAUUAUAUAUAUAUAUAUGUGGAAGAAGCUUGAAGUACAUGUAUACUCUGGUUUUUUGCACAAUAGAAUUGGCAGGCAUCACCACACACAUUAUUUUCUUGAAGGAGUCAUAUUACGCAUUAGCCUCGUUCCCAGGCCGCACUUCCUCGAAUAGUGGUGAAGGCAGCUAAUUACGCAUGUACAGUUUAUAGUGGGAAAUCAGUUAGGUGAACCAAUUAAGGUAUGGGACUGUUUCACCAUAAUUUUCGAUGUUGCAUCCUCCGCAGUGCUCAAAUUUGCUAUUAAAAAAGUGCCUUUUUGAUGAGUAUCAUCUAACGGCUAAGGUCCAAAAAUUUGAUUGAACAUUUCAGAAACAACAUUUCAGAAACACUUUUAAUUUCUUCCUUGAUUAAGCCAUUUUCAGCUAAAGGAAUAAUUAUUUCUCCCUAACACUCCAAACAUUAUGAUUAUAGUGGAACACAAUGUUUGGGGUGUUUGGGAGAAAUAAAUAUUUUUGGCCUUGGUGAUAUCAGCCAGGAGCACAUUCUCCAAAAAAAUCUCACAAAAUUAAUUAGCCUCGAUUCCAGGCCGCUCUCAAUUGAGAAAGACGGUGAGAGGGACUGGGAUCGAGGCUAAAAAUUAAUGAUGUGGCACUGGAUGAAAUACAAUAGCAAAUUGUGAGUGGAAACCCAGAGGUCAUUUUCUCCUGACUGAGCAUAAUUAUUCUGCAUGACAAAGGGCGGCCCACGCCCAAUCUACAAUUAUAGAUACAUGUAGUAUAGUAGCCCCUCGAUCCAUAUCCCAGGCCGCGCCGCUCUUCGGCCUUGUGAGGCUACAUGUAGUACUGCUCCCCAAAACAGACCAAGGAGGGGAAAUUCGAUGAAUAUCAUUAUAAAACCACAAACAGAGUCACAACAAAUCACAAAAAGUCACUCUAGCAAAACACACCAUGCAAAAGCAACAUUACUGUGUUGUGGCCAUUCUGACCUCUGACCUGGACCACUAAUUAGUUGUUUUUUUUUUUGCAUUCUGCAAAAAUAAUAAUUAUGACCCGUGAAACGUAAGGUGUGGCCUAAUUAAUUAUAGGCUUCUCACUUCAUGGUUUACAAUUAAAUGGAGGGGAAAGGUACUCAUUCCGACAGCAGUGAAUCAGAAGAGCAGUCAAGAUCUACAAGUCAUCAAAAGACAAAGACAGAGCCUAAAAAGACCAGCAAAAAAAUUUCAAGCAAAGCAUCUACUGUCAGCGAAGAACGAAAUCACAGGGAGAGGGAUAAUUAUGAAGAUCAAGGCUAUAAAAAUCGGUCGCAUAAGCGGCACAGAUCUCGAAGCCCGUUGUCACUAAGAGCUUCGCAUCACAAAUCACAUCGAGAUGAGAGGCGUCGAUCGAACCAUAGGAGACUAUCUCAAUCGCCUAAAGAAUGUAAAUUAACAAGCAGUGAACACUCCUUUACUUCUAGUGGUCCAAGUUGUGAAAAAAAGAGCUAUCAUGAAGACAAACUCGCCAGUAAAAAUUUAUUAGCAGCAAAAAAGACUGGUUGUGAAGGUACUGCAAAACAAGAGCGUGAAGAAAUUCAAGAGGUAGUGGAUGGCAUUUCAAGUGAUGACAAGGAUAGUUUUGAGCAAGCCAUUGCUGCUGCACAAGAGUUAGCUUCCAAGCAACCAUCCUAUCUCAGUGCCCUGGCAAAACCUAUAACACAGCAACAAAGAGUUGUCCAGGAGAAGCGGAAGCUGUUGUGGUCUGGGAAAAAAAACAAAGUAGUCCAAUCCAGAAACCAAUGGGAAAGUGUGUCACUUGGAAAAGAUGGUGAAGACAACAAAUUUAGGAGGCUUAUGGGAAUUGGUAAAUCUUCAUCUUCUCAAUGUACGCAACCCAGUGAGCAGAUUAAUGAGGGUAGUGCAAAGAGUUCAGAGAGAGCACUAACAGCUUUGGAGCAGCAGUAUGAAGCAUCUCGUUUCCUCACACAUGUAGCUAGGGGAGUUGGAUUAGGCUAUGGCUCACAGGCACUUACGACUGAACUUCCAUCCCAAAAAGACUCUACUGAUAAACUGCAUGAGACUUUGUAGCUAGGUGUUGACUCAACGGUUGUUGCAAUGUGAAAUGUGAAACAUUAUGAUUAUUAUAAUUGAUUACUCAG